GGGCGCGCUUCCGCGUGUGUGUAGGCCCGGGAUAGGGCGGCGGGCGGUGGCGGCCUCGGCAUGGAGGAUGGCCCCGCUCCUGUUGCAGCUGGCACUGCUCGGCGUGGCGCUGGUGGCCGCAGCCCUCAUACUGAUUUUCAUUGUUGCAUUUAUAACUGCUACAAAAAUGCCAUCACUUUAUCGACAUGAAGAAGAGAAGUUCUUCUUAAAUGCCAAAGGCCAGAAGGAAACUUUACCCAGCAUAUGGGACUCACCUACCAAACAACUUUCUAUUGUCGUGCCUUCAUACAAUGAAGAAAAACGGUUGCCUGUGAUGAUGGAUGAAGCUCUGGGCUAUCUAGAGAAGAGACAGAAACAAGAUCCUACAUUCACUUACGAGGUGAUAGUAGUUGAUGAUGGCAGUAAAGACCAGACUUCAAAGGUAGCUUUUAAAUAUUGCCAGAGAUAUGGAAGUGACAAAAUACGAGUGAUAACGCUGGUGAAGAAUCGUGGGAAAGGCGGAGCUGUUAGGAUGGUAAUAUGUAUUUUCAACAUCUUUUACCUAAAAGAGGGUGUUUUCAGUUCUCGAGGAGAAAAGAUCCUUAUGGCAGAUGCUGAUGGAGCCACAAAGUUUCCAGAUGUUGAGAAAUUAGAAAAGGGACUAAAUGAUCUACAGCCUUGGCCUGAUCAAAUGGCUAUUGCGUGUGGAUCCCGAGCUCAUUUGGAAAAAGAAUCAAUUGCUCAGCGUUCUUACUUCCGUACUCUUCUCAUGUAUGGGUUCCACUUUCUGGUGUGGUUCCUUUGUGUCAAAGGAAUCAGGGACACACAGUGUGGGUUCAAAUUAUUAACUCGAGAAGCAGCUUCACGGACAUUUUCAUCUCUGCACAUUGAACGAUGGGCAUUUGAUGUAGAACUGCUCUACAUAGCACAGUUCUUGAAAAUUCCAAUAGCAGAAAUUGCUGUCAACUGGACUGAAAUUGAAGGUUCUAAAUUAGUUCCAUUUUGGAGCUGGCUACAAAUGGGCAAGGACCUACUUUUUAUACGACUUCGAUAUUUGACUGGUGCCUGGAGGCUUGAGCAAACUCGGAAAAUGAAUUAGGUUGUUUGCAGUCUUUGAUUGUAUUCUUUAUGCAUCAGUGUCACAUUAAAUAAAGCUACAAGAAACCUA